AUGCCUCGUCUUGCCACCACUCUUCUCAUCGCGAGCGCCGCGGCCGCCGGCCUUGCCAACCCCACCGGCGGGGACCGCCGCCCCAACCCCAUUCCUUCCCGCUCCAACUACGAGCUCGUCGGCUGCGUCAAGAUCCACGACAUCUCCGGCUCCAGGCAGGUAGAGAACCUCGGCCGCAACUGGACCCCCGGCCAGUGCCAGAACCGCUGCAACGGUUCCGACUACGUCGUUGUCGGCAACAAGUGCACCUGUGCCAGCGACGUCCGCUAUGACGUGAUCCGCAAGAACCGCGUCUGCGGUGCCAACGACCCCCCUCACCCCGAGGAGCCCGGCAGCGACGAUGAGUCCGACUGCGAGGAGGAGGAAGAGGAGGAGGAGUCCGACUGCGAAGAGGAGGAGGAGGAGCCUGAGGAGUCUGACUGCGAGGAGGAGGAGGAGCCCGAGGAGACCGACUGUGAGGAGGAGCCCACCGAGACCGGUACUGAGACUGCCAACCCCACUGAGCAGCCCACCGGUACCGAGGAGCCUACCGUCGGUCCUACCGAGGAGCCCACUGCCACUGGCACUGAGGAGCCCACUGGCGAGCCUACCGGCACCGAUGAGCCCACCGGCACUGAGGAGCCCACUGCUGAGCCCACUGAUGACGACUGUGAGGAGCCCACCGAGACCGGUACCGAGACUGCCAACCCCACUGAGCAGCCUACCGGUACCGAGGAGCCUACUGUUGGCCCUACCGAGGAGCCCACCGGCACUGAGGAGCCUACCAGCGAGCCCACUGACGACUGUGAGGAGCCCACUGAGACCGGCACUGAGACCGCCAACCCCACCGAGCAGCCCACCGGUACUGAGGAGCCUACCGUAGGCCCUACCGAGGAGCCUACUGGCACCGAGGAGCCCACUGGCGAGCCUACCGAUGACUGCGAGGAGCCCACCGAGACCGGCUCUGAGACUGCCAACCCCACUGAGCAGCCCACUGGCACUGAGGAGCCCACCGUUGGUCCUACCGAGGAGCCCACCGCUGAGCCCACUGAUGACUGUGAGGAGCCCACUGAGACCGGCACCGAGACCGCCAACCCCACUGAGCAGCCCACUGGCACUGAGGAGCCCACCGUUGGUCCUACCGAGGAGCCCACUGCUGAGCCCACUGACGACUGCGAGGAGCCUACCGGCACUGAGGAGCCUACCGUCGGUCCUACCGAGGAGCCCACCGCUGAGCCCACCGAGGGCCCUUGCGACGGCGAGAACUGCCAGCCCACCGGCACUGAGACCGCCAACCCCACUGAGCCCACUGCUGAGCCCACCGAGACUGAGCCCUGCACUGAGGAGCCCACCACCGGUCCUACCGAGGGUCCUUGCGACGGCGAGAACUGCCCUCCCGAGCCCACCGGCACUGAGACUGCCAACCCCACUGAGCCCACUGCCGAGCCCACUGAGCCCUGCACUGAGGAGCCCACCACUGGUCCCACUGAAGGUCCUUGCGACGGCGAGGACUGCCAGCCCCAGCCCACUGGCACUGAGACCGCCAACCCCACUGAGCCCACUGCUGAGCCCACCGAGACUGAGCCCUGCACUGAGGAGCCCACCACCGGUCCUACCGAGGGUCCUUGCGACGGCGAGAACUGCCCUCCCCAGCCCACCGGCACCGAGACUGCCAACCCUACUGAGCCCUGCACUGAGGAGCCCACUGCCGGACCCACCGAGGGCCCCUGCAAGGGUGAUGACUGCGAGCCCCAGCCCACCGGCGGUAACGGCGGCGAGGAGCCCCAGCCCACUGGCGGCAACGGCUGCAACGGAGACGACUGCGAGCCCCAGCCCACUGGUGGCAACGGCGGCGAGGAGCCCCAGCCUACCGGCGGUAACGGCGGUGAGGAGCCCCAGCCCACCGGCGGCAACGGCUGCAAUGGUGGUGUCUGCCCUCCCGAGCCCACCAACGGCGGCGAGAACCCCAGCCUACCGGCACCCAGCCCCAGCCCACUGAUCUGCGAUCGUGGACAUCUCCGAGACUGCAUUGAUCGUGUAAUCAUGGGAUAUGCAUGGAAUGCAACCAUCCAUAUCAAGGGGGAGACGAGCACAGUCCGCGUCUGGUUUACUGCUUUCGGCGCGUUAACCCGGCGAAGCGGUUCCGAGGUCACGAUCGACGGAGAGCAUGGUCACUCCGCGCUGCACUUUUGA